CAUGGAUACUGUGAUUUGAUGACUUGCUCUUUUUUACCUCUGUACAAUAUUUUAAAUCGAAAUUUACUUGAUCCACUCAUUUUAUUUUGCGGCCAUGGCACGCAAGGCAGAGCGAGGUGUGUUCAGCACCCUGGAAGUGUUUUUCCUAGUGCUGUUCGUGCUGAUGACUGGAGUGGCAGCGGGGCUCGCUGUAGUCAUGGCCGUCAGCUGGAACGGCGAGAAAAGUCAUGGGAAACUUGAUCCGAGUCAAAUGCCUCCCAAGACCACCUAUCUGAUUGGUGUAGGCCGAGCCGACUGUACAGGACCCGUUGCUGACAUACCCCUGAUGGGAUAUGCCAGCUCAGAGCAGACAGCUGCUGGGAUUCACACAAGACUCUACAGCCGGGCCUUUAUAGUGGAUGAUUGGACCCAGCGCGUGGUGUUUGUGAGUGCCGAUAUUGGCAUGGUCUCUCAGAGGCUGAGACUGGAGGUGUUGAAGAAGCUGCAGGCGAAGUAUGGUGACCUCUACAGACAAGACAAUGUUGUCCUGAGUGGUACUCACACUCACUCAGGCCCUGCUGGCUACUUCCAGUACACUCUCUUCAUGAUCACCAGCAAAGGCUACAUCAAGCCCUCCAUCCAAGCCAUCGUGAAUGGGAUAGUAAAGAGCAUUGAGAUUGCCCAUCUCAAUCUGAAACCUGGGAGAAUCUUUAUGAACAAAGGAGAAGUUGAAAACAGCAACCUUAACAGGAGUCCACUUUCAUACUUGAGAAAUCCCCCUGAAGAAAGGCAAAGGUAUGGAUCCAACACAGACAAACAGCUGCUGGUGCUGAAAUUUGUUGACCUCGAUGGUGAUGGGCUUGGCAUGCUGAGCUGGUUCGCCGUCCAUCCUGUCAGCAUGAAUAACACCAAUCGCAUGGUGAGCAGUGACAACUUGGGUUACGCCUCGUACUUAUUCGAACAGGAGAAAAAUGGCGGCUCUUUGCCUGGGCAGGGCCCAUUUGUUGCAGCUUUCUCUUCCAGCAAUCAGGGUGAUGUUACUCCAAACACCAGAGGUCCUCACUGCCUUAACACAGGAGAGUCGUGCGAGAAUCUGAACAGCUCUUGUCCCAUUGGUGGGACGCAAAUGUGCCUUGCCUUCGGUCCAGGUGCAGACAUGUUUGAAAGCACUAAGAUUAUUGGAGAGAACAUCUACAGAAAAGCUAAGGAACUAUACAGAACAGCUCGACAGGAAGUUCAUGGACCCAUCGGCGCAGCUCACCAGUGGGUGAACAUGACAGAUAUAACAGUCCAGCUCAAUUCCACACACACAGGUCAAACCUGCAAACCCGCACUGGGCCACAGUUUUGCUGCUGGUACCAUAGAUGGAGUGGGAGGACUGAAUUUUACACAAGGGUCAGUAGAAGGGGAUCCAUUUUGGGAUGGUAUUCGGGAUGCUUUGUUAGGAGCACCUUCAGAUGAAACCAUAAACUGUCACAAACCGAAACCUAUACUCUUCAGCACUGGUGAGAUGACUAAGCCUCUCCCUUGGCAUCCUGACAUCGUCGAUGUUCAGAUUAUUACUGUCGGAUCUUUGGCAAUUGUAGCUGUCCCUGGUGAAGUGACCACUAUGGGAGGAAGGAGGAUAAGGGAAGCAGUCAAAAAUGAAAUGGAGUUUGAAGGGCGUCUUAAAAACAUGGAGGUGGUCAUUGCUGGGCUCUGCAAUGUCUACACACACUACAUUACCACCUAUGAAGAGUACCAGAUCCAGAGAUAUGAAGGAGCUUCCAACAUUUACGGACCCCACAGCCUCUCAGCUUACAUUCAGCUUUUCAGAGGCCUGGCCAGAGCCAUUGCUGAGAAUAAAGUGAGUGAGUUGCUGAAAGGUCCUGAGCCUCCAUACUUCAAGGACAGCCAGCUGAUCUCGUUGUUGCCCUUAGUCCCCGUGGACAAAAAGCCUGCCAACACUUCAUUUGGAGAAGUGCUGGAACAAGUCCUGCCAUCUUAUGGACUGGGAGAGGUGGUGAAAGUGACAUUUGUCAGUGGAAAUCCCAGAAAUUCUGGUGACAUUGCUGAGAAGAGCUUCCUCACAGUGGAGCAAUAUGAGAACAUGACGCAGCAGUGGAUUGUGGUUCACACUGAUGCUUCAUGGGAGACAAGGUUUCACUGGAUUAAGGGCAGUGGAGCCUUGAGCAACGUGACAGUGGAAUGGCACAUCCCUACCUCGGCUCUUCCCGGCUCUUACAGAGUCAGGCACUUUGGUCACUAUAAAGAACGGAAAGGCCUCACCACGGUGAUAAAGCCAUACGAGGGAACCUCUGAUAUGUUUACAGUCCACAACUGAGCCUCUUUACCUGUCUGCCCUGAAAAGAAGAUUGGAGCCAUGUGAAUUGACCUUGGUAUCAUUGCCUUCCAGCUAAAAUGGAACAGAGCUCCUGUGUUAUUUUUAUAGGAAUGUGUUUUGUCACAUGAAAUAUCAUGUUUCAUGUGGGGCUGGUGGUGCUGUUGUACACCUGAGGAAGGUACUUCACUCCCCUUGCUCCACUUUAAAGCCCAGCUGUGUGCAGCACUAAAGUUAGUCACUUUGAAGGAUACUGUAAGCUAAAUAAAGUAAAGUAAAGUAAAAGAUCAUAAAAGUAAAAUAUUAAGUUUUGGCACAUCUGCUCAAACUCCUGUACCAUCUAGUAUCUGCAACCCUGGACUAAUUUCCCAAAUGUGUAUUUCAUAAAUAUCCACGUUUUUUAGAAACACGAUGACUUAUUAACAAUUUCUAAAUGAUCAUUUGUAACUUGCAAGGUGGUUUAAAAAAUAACAAAUAUUCUUUAUUUGUAAAAGGUCCAGUAGGGAGUUGUGUUUGUUUGUGUUUGUUGAAAAGAAAUAAGGUUAAUUCCAGGCUGAAAAGUAAAAAGAAAAAACACAUUUCAGCCCACACCUGAAAAUGGCUCUUCAUGCUGUUUUUUGUGCUUUUCAGUGUGGAAUUAGCCUUUACUUAUUUCUUAUGUGUUUCUUUAAAGUCUUUUCCUCAGUCUCCCUUCAGGAUAAUUAUUGUUCAGUGUGGAGAAACACUCACACUUCUAUGUACUGUCUAUCCCUGUAAACUAGAAUUUGUAUACAGUUGUAUGUUUGUAACAACCCUACUUAAAAUACCCUUUAAACUAUUUUUGUGCCUUUUUAAAAGGUUGGACAGCACUCUGCUAGUACCAAGGGAUGAUACAGAGAUUCUAUUUUCUCUCCUAUGAUACAUGUAGAAAUGUCUGGUUGUAGUUAGUAUAAAGGGUAAACUGUGUAAGGGAAUAUUUAACAUUCUGGUAAAUAUUAUGUGGUUUCAAAGAAAUGCACUUUCUUUGUUAAAUUCCUAGGCAUUUUUCAUGGAACCAAGAAGAGGAUCAGACAUGAAUGAUAAUUUCCACUGUAAUUUCACUCUAAAUGAAACGCUUUUUCAGUGCCACUCCUCUGGUUCUGUUAAUUAUGCGAGUGAAAUUUGGAGCACGACAAGGCUCAUUUUAACAUGGCAAACGCUGAAGGACUAAAAACCUAAGAACACAACACAGGUUACAAAUGAGAAGAGGCCAUUUGGCCCAUCCAGCCGUUUGGUAGUUGGAACUGUUGUUAAUUCAUCCAAAGAUAAUCUUCUCCAGGUGUUUCUUGAAAGAAGCCAGAGCAUCGGCUUCAACAAAAUGGCUGGUGCCAGACUCCCACAACCCUUUGGGUAAAGAAUUGGCUCCUGUUUCUGGUUCUGAAUGCAAUUCCUCAUGGCGUUCAGUUGUGUUUUCUGGUUUGUGUUUCAAACACAAAUGGGGGCACAGGGGCACAGGACUUCUGAAGAAGUCCUAUGGGUAGGCUUUAUCAUUGCCUUUUGAUGGUUUGAAUGCUUGCAUCCUAUCCCCUCAUAGUCUUCUCUUUUGAAAUCUCAAAAGGUUGAGUUCCUUCAGCCUGUCAGUGUAGGACAUUCCAUUAAGUGCUGGGGUGUAUCUGGAUUGAUGUUGGAGCAGCAGUGUCUUUUCUGUAAUAUAGUGACCAGAAUUGUAAACAAUAUUCUAAAUGAUGCCUUACUAGUGCGUCAUGAUAUUGUGCUCACAUCAGCACUGAGAGUUUUGAGUUCAACUCUGCUGUGAUAAAUAAUUUAUAAUUUCACAAAAUGGGGCAUCAUUGAGAGAAUGACUACUUUUGCUAUAUAGAUUGUGUAUAGGUUGCUGUAUUCUAGAUAGUUAGCUCAGCUACCUCAUAGAUCUUGAGCCCUAGUUUUAUUCUAGACUACUACAACUUCUGUUUGAAGUAUGUUAUCCCUAUGUACAGUACCUUCCAAAAGAAUUCUAGUUACAGUAGGUCCACUGGUGACUUUUAACAGUCCAGUUGUGUCCCGUGAUGGACAGGUGUCCUGUAUAAGGUAAAGUCGGGCUGGGCUUAAAACUGAGACCAUCUUUAGGACAAAGUGGUUAUAGAUUGCGCUGCAUAAAUAUAUAGCAGUGUUCCUUAUCUUUGCUUUGCACAAUUAGACAAUGGGUGGUAUGACUAUAAAAAUGAAGUGCUGUGCUUUCCAUCAGAUUUUGGAUGCUACAAAAAGGAUUGAAAUUCCAGAAUAAAAUGACAGCUCACAAUUCUUUUCUGUUGUUUAGCCAGAGUUGUCAACAAGGUGUGUGAAUGGUCACAGCAUUUUUUAAGAGGCUUGUGUUAUCACUGGCUCGGGAUAGUCUUAACACUUUCGUCUCUUUUGUCAUGUGUUUGUGCAAUUCAAAAUAAUUUGCAUUUGCUUGCAUGACAGAAGUGUCAGAUCGCUCUUAAAACCAUUUGAAAGUUUAUCUGAAUAAAAAUAAAUUACAUUGGAA